AUGAUUCAACCGUCAUCUCCAGAUGAAUACAAGUGGUCUAGAAAUAAUCCAGGAAUGGCCUGCUAUGGUUUGACCAAUCAACCUCUCGUGUACUCAAUGAAGUACCUGCUUCAGGAGUUAUUUUUAGCUACGUUUGAGUUUGAAAUGGAACAAGCUCCUCAUCCUCAGGUCUGGAACGCCCAGGCUGAGGGGUCAAUCGCUGACUCGUCUUCUGGAACAAUAUCUGCCACGAAGGCUAUUAGCAUGGCCCUACGUCACUGUGAUUGGUACUUAAGGUCAAUGCGUCACGAAGAUCUGGAUGAAAGUUCGACGACGUCUUUUUCGCCGACUGAAUGGAACCAGUUUAUGCAGUUCUUCUACGGCACAGCCAAGGGACCUAGCCCGUUCGAGGAGGGUGAGCCCAUCUACCAAAGGUGCCAGUUCUUAUGCGACAAAAUCAAUGCCGUGAAUCCCCAAUUUGAACUGGAUGGUUGCCGAAAUAUUUGGAUAGUGAAGCCUGGAGCCAAAUCCCGUGGACGUGGAAUCACCUGUCAUCGUAAGCUUGACUCAAUCCUGGCGCUCCUCUCCAAUAACAUCUCAAGCCUCGAUAAUCGGUUUGUGGUUCAGAAGUAUAUUGAAAAGCCGCUGCUCAUUUUCAACACGAAAUUCGACAUUCGGCAGUGGUUCAUCGUCACGGAUUGGAACCCUCUCACUGUGUGGUGGUAUCAGGAUUGUUACUUACGAUUCUGUUCUCACGAAUUCACACUUGAUCACUUUAAACUCCACAUGACACAUGCCCACCCAAACCAAACUCUGCGUGCCAAACAUCAAGUUUCAGAUUUCAGCGUGCUGCGUUCAUGCGUAACACUGGAAGAGCAUAUCCUGUUUGGUCGCCAGCGUCAGGUAUACUAA